UCUCUCUCUGUCUCUCUGUCCAUCUAUCUCUGUCUUGCUCGUUCUUUUAAAUUACGAUCACGCAAUUAAAGUUAUGAUAUAAAAUACCGAGGAGUACGCGCGAUGGUUGGUUGAUAAACGAAAAGAACAGUCGUGGAACAGUCGUGGAAGGAAAACAAGCUUCGAUGUAUCUCGUUUAUUCGUCGGUUUCUCGUUUCUGUUGUUGGUUAGUGACAAUGCAUUAAGAAAGGGUUAUUGUGAACGAAUUGUAUUUCAAGAGCGAGAAGAAAAGUAGAAAGAAGGAACAAGAUGAAAACGUCUAUUAUAACUGUGACAUUGUUCGUAAGGAUGAUUAUGUUAUUGAAAGUGUCGUAAUCGAGGUCUACAUUGAAAUGAAAGCUUUUGGGAAUAGUUCUUUGUUCCCGAAGGAGGAGAUCAUUUAAAUCCCUUGAAGAAUUUUAUAAAAAGAAUUCUAACACGUUUGAAAGAGUCGUUGCGAUUGACAAAACGGGGAGAUUCUCUUCCAAGCUGGUGUGGCUGCUGUCGUUAUUAAAGUUGCUGUCGUUGCUGCUGCUGUUGCUGUUGCCAAAACGUAACAGAUCGAAAAUGAAUGGCAAAGGAGAAUGAGGGGACACGUUGGAGGAAAUCCCGUCGAAAGUAGUCAAGUAGUUUUAGAGAGGAUUCAUGGUAGCAUCAAAUCAACGAGCACCAUAUCGAUGACAACCGCAAUCUCGUCAAGAUCCGAUGAUGACCUGGAUCAUACCACGAAAGAAGAAGAAUGCAAAGAGAACAUUUCGAAUGUGCAGAGGGUAUGGACCAGUUUAUUGGCUGGUGCAACAGCAGGAGGUUUAGCAAAGACAGCGAUAGCACCAUUAGAUCGUACAAAGAUCAAUUUUCAAAUAUCGAAACAACCUUAUACAGCAAAAGCUGCUCUCGUAUUCCUUAUAAAAUCAUUUCAAAACGAAGGAUUAUUGAGUUUAUGGCGAGGUAACAGUGCGACGAUGGUUAGAAUCGUUCCAUAUGCUGCCAUACAAUUUACAGCCCAUGAACAAUGGAAGAGGAUUCUACGAGUCGAAAGUCCAGAAACGACUCCACCAGUAAAGAGAUUAUUGGCUGGUUCUUUAGCCGGCGUUACGUCACAAGGUUUAACUUAUCCCCUUGAUCUCGUGCGUGCUCGAAUGGCAGUGACGUUGAAGAGCGAAUACAAAACAUUGAGGCAAAUGUUUCAAAGGAUUUAUCGAGAGGAAGGUAUCAUAUCCUUUUAUCGUGGCUUUACACCAACGAUCUUAGGCGUUAUACCUUAUGCUGGCAUGAGUUUCUUCACUUAUGAUACUCUGAAGCACCUGGCGGCAGAAUAUUCCCAGUACACAACAAGUAUUCCUGGAAUGACUACUGCUUUGGCACUCCUUUGUGGUGCUGUAGCUGGAGUAGUAGGACAAACGAGUAGUUACCCUUUGGAUAUCGUUAGGAGAAGAAUGCAAACUUCAGCGAUCAAGAAUCAACAUUAUCAAAGCGUUACCUUAACAAUAGUUAAAAUUUACACAGAGGAAGGACUGAUGGCUUUCUUCAAAGGACUGAGUAUGAAUUGGGUGAAAGGUCCAAUAGCAGUAGGCAUCAGUUUCGCAACUUACGACAAGAUACGUGAUAAUUUGCGAAAAAUUAUUUGCUCGCCGGUAAAUGUGACAGAUUAAAAAGUUGAGUUGAUAUAAACUCGUGAAAUAAUGAAGAAGUAGAAGAACGAAGAAGAAGAAUAAUGAAGGAAAAGAAAGAAGAACGAAGAAGAAGAAGAAGAAGAAAGGUGAAGAAAUGUAAUGUUGUUUCAACUAUUGUUGAUUCAAGAAUCAAUUGAAGAACUCUGAUUAAGCGUUCGAUCGGAAAGCAGAUCUCUAUUCGAAAGGAUGAUAAUCCUUGAAAAACUUGCAGCGAUCGUUUCGUCGAUCAUCUAUCGAUCAAAGUGAAAGAUCUUCAAUGAUAGAAGUAGAGAGAUUUCACUUUUUUGUAUAAAUUCGAUAGAAUAGUGCGAUAUAUUUGCGCUCGUGUCGAUAUAUCUAAGAAAAGAUAUAUAAAAGAUGUCAGUUAUUAGUAAAAAUUGUUGAGUGUUAUAUAUAUAUAUAUAUACACAUACAUAUAUAUAACUAUACUGUUGUCUAAAAUUUUAAAGAAAUUUUAAGGAAAUUGUUAAGAAAAAGAAAACAAAAAAAGAUGAUAAGAAUAAUACAUAUGGAUAUAUAUUUGGAUGGUAACAAAUUUUUUUUAAAGAACAUCGUUGAAAAUCUUUCGUCACUUUUUUGGUCUCUUAUAUUUCAAAGCUUGCCUUCUUCGCAAAAUAUAAAUUUGUAUAAAUCGUACAUACGUUGAUCUCCAAAUGAAUAAUUUAAUUCAUUGUAAUCGUGCGUUAUAUAAAAAUGCAUGUACUUAUAAUAAGGAGGAAAAAUUAUGGUUACAGUCUAUCGAAAUAGAUAACUAUACUUUCGUAUCUCGAUAAGAUAUAAUUAUAUUCUUCCUCUUUUUCUCCUAUGUAAAAUUAUAUAUACAUAUACAUAAAAUAUAAUUAUAUAUAUAUAUAUAUUAUAAUUAUAUAUAUGUGUGUGUACAUAUAUAAAACACGGGGAUCAUCGUCAUAAUAAUCAAAGUGCAGGUUCGUACGCUCAAUUUAUUGAAAUUAGAUUGUUCAUCAACGUAUUGAAGAGUUGUUCAUCGAUGAAUACCUUCGACUAAUUUUGACAAUAAUUAAUAACACGAUAAAAAUAAGAUAUCGUGUAUUUUAAAAUAGCACAAUUCGCGAUAGUCGAAUAUAUCGAAGAUAUGGAGAUUGUCCAAUAUAUCAAUUAUAUAUAAAAGGAGAAAAUAUUAAUAUUUUUUUAAAUAUAUUCAUUUGUAUAUGUUUUUAUCUUCACUGUAAUACUUUUGUGAGAAAUGUUUACCAUGUAUAUAAUAUAUUAUAUUUUUGUUAUAAUAAAUAAUAAUGAGAGACGGGAUAUUCUGUCUUUCUCUCUUUAUAUAAAUGAAAUGAUAUAAAUAAUAUUAUAAUUUUUAAUAUAUUUUCUUUCUUUUAAUGGACAACUCUAAAGAAAAAUGUCAAUUGAACGGUAGCAAGUGAUUUUUCUCUUUGAUAUUUAUUAUGGGUCGUGCCUUUCUCUCGUAAAUAUUUGUAUUUAGUUAUCGAAGCCUUUUUAGCAAAUAUAAUCUUUUAUAAAAUA